AUGGUGCUCUGCACUAUUAUCGAGAAAUGUCAGAGAGAACAGCGCGUCGACGGCAACAGCAACAUUUUAUGUAACAUAGAUUUGCCAAAGGCAAAAUGUACCACAACCGAGCACAGUUUUGAGGAAGAAGCAACGAAUCACGCAUUCUGCCAUCUCGAGUGCAGCAACGACAAUGGCGCUUUAAUGGCCGGAAAAAACAAAGAUGAUUGCGACUUUAUGUCUUUUAUGAUAGAGGAACGAAUAGAAGAGGUGACCACGAUUACGUCAGACAAUAAACUUCGAGGUAACAACGAAUUUGGAUGUACUCAAUGUGUUCCGUUUCCGGAAUUCGGAAUGGAUAUCAUUGACCCUCCGCAAAACUCGUCUUCGCCGUCAUCGUCAUCUGAAUCUUUAGACAACUAUUCGCGGAUCAAAACGAGACGUGUUGCUGAUCACACGAUGAAUUUGGUCUUGUCUGUCGAAUCCUGGAAGGACAAUUGGUUGUUCCAGAAAAAAAGAACUUCCGAAUCGCAAUCGGAUCCGGUAAUUAUGUUGGUGCCAAGUUCUAGUGCGGAUUACAAAGCGCUGAUUGGCGAUAGAGAUGCCGAAGAUACGUCCGACUUGUCCGAAUGUUCAUCCACGAGAUCCGACGAGGAGAUCGAGAAGGAACUCCUGGAGGCGAUUAACAACGUAAUUCCUAAGAUUCCCGAGACUUCCGAAUGUAACGCGGAAGUAAAUCAGGAAGUACCAAGUAUUGAAACUCAAUUUGAUAAGGAAGUUGUUACUUGUCAUACGAAUACAAACAUAGAAAAGAUCGAAAGUGUCUGUGAGAAGAGAAAGAAAGACGACAAGGAUAAAACAUUAGAAAUCUUGGAAGAGAAAACAGUUAAAGAUGAGGAGAACGAAAGAAAACGAAACAAAGGUUCUUUAUUGAUAACUAUAGUAAAAGAAGAAAAAGCCAAAGAGAAGUUUAAAGAUACGGAAUGCGAUACAAAAACAAUCGAGAUCAAAAGUUCCGUGAAUGACGUAAAAAAUAUAGAUUUUGAAAACUUAAGCGAGAAGAACGAUCGAAUGGAAAAUAUCAUGGAAGAAAACGAAGAGCAGCGAGAAAGCGAAUACACUGAGCACUACGACACGGCAAUCCAGAGGCACUUGGACAGUUUGACGAAAGUCGAGAUUUGCUCUGAAAAGAGCGAAACAUCUGACAAUACAAAACAAAUCGCAUGCACGCAGCACGGCAAACCAGAAAACGAGGAAAACAAUUUAACCGUGAAAGAGCCCAAAUACUCGAAAGCCCAUAUCCAAUUAUCUUAUGCAACAAUCAAGGAGAAUCAUAUAAAAUCUGAAAACGAUCAAUUAAGCACUCCACCACGACCAGGGACGAUAGCGGAACGCGAGCACAAAAAGUGGGAAAAUGCGCCACCGAUUGAAAAUAAUCCUUACAGCGAGGAGAGCAUUCGAAAGCGAUGUUUAGAACGGCAGUAUUCGAGAAAUUCCGAAAUUCCGAGUGUCCAUUAUAAAUUAACAAAGCUGAACGAGGUGAAUUUGGACGCACUUCUGCUACCCGAGCGUUUGGACAUCAAACGAUUUGAAAGAGAUUACUACAUCAAUCAGUCCAAGUCGGCUAGCAAAGAACGAGAGGAGUGGGCCAAAUUGGCAACGUCCUCGGUGUCGAGUAGACCAAACAUCUCACUGUCCCAAUGGUCAAGCGAUGAGCAGCAACACGAACAACAGGUGAGUCAUCACGAGCUUAAGCGAUUCGAAAGCGCAUCGCUGCGUGGCAGUCUUUCUCGGCAAUGCUGUCGCGAUCCAUGCGCCAGUGCACACUUUGCGAUCAAUCCUCUACUGUACCUGAAGCCCGCGCAAACGACCGCAAUUGCUCAAUCGCGCUGCGAAAAUGACAACGACAUGGAGCAAGUCAGGAGUCUUACUGCAAACGUAAUUGAAGACGCGACAAAAGAUCGAAAGUCCGAAAUUUCUAUUGAAUUGAAUAUAGGAACAAUCUUUGAAGAGAUAGAAGAUAAUUAUGUUUUGUUGAAAAGUGUGAAAAUCGGCACGAAAAUACGGAAAUUAAUGUCGACCGAUUGGAAUCGACUUUCGGAUGACGAAAGUGUCGAUCACAAAGCCAAAAAACAGAUAGUUCCGCGAUAUGAUAACCAAGUGGAGUUACUAGGCAAUCGCAGUCUAGGUGAUGAAAAUUCUGGAAUGUAUUCGAUUAGCUCGCGAUAUUUGGAAAACAGCGAUCAAAAACGUUGGCGGCAAUUGUAUCAGAUAGAAGAAACCGAUUCUUAUGGCAACAAGCAAAUAUCGUCAAUCGGCAAAAAAUUCUGGACUAUAGGAGGAUAUAAAUAUAACACAUUCGGCGGCAUCAGAAUCUGAUCGACGCAGACGAAAAAUGUGGACGAUUUUGAGGACGAGUUGGCGUCGGGAGAUCAACUUAUUAAGCAUCUUCCGGAAUUUGCAGAAUUAAAGUUUCAGACUUUUGGUGGAAUUAAAAAGAACAGAAGAAUCGAUGGCAAGAAAAUUCCGAACUGCAGGAGGAUCCGAUUGAGAUCGAUUUUCUCAGAAAUGUCCACUUCUGAUAGUGAAAAAUCAAGAAAUCAAAUUAACAUGGAAAAACGGUCAACUUUUGAACUGUAUUUCAGUCGUUCAGCAAGUUUUGAUCAACUAGCAAAUUUAAAUUAUUCCGGAAGUUUUGAGAGAUUCGUCAGCUUUGAGCACUUAACGAGCUCCAAUCUCGAAGAGAUCGAUUGGCAGGAAGAAGAAGAAGAUAUCUCUGUGGAGAAUGCUUAAAUCGGACGCAGCAAGAAUUGUGCAAAUUUAUUUAGAACUAAUUUUAUGAUAAAAUAUAGAAAUUUGAUUUUCAAGAAAAACAGAAAUAAGAAUUCUUUCUCUCUUGUUUCUUGGCGAGCAAAGAGAAGAACGAGUGGCAAAAUGAAGUCGAGUACGCUUCCGACAGAAUUAUAAUGAAUAAGUUCCUGAAAAAUGUGUCGAGACGGAGGAAAACGUGCGUGUUCAAUGACAACAAUGUCGCGAGGAAGAAAAACGAGAAAACAUCCGGAAGCAUUCGAGAAAGGUGGUAGUAGAUUAAAAACAUCGAUAAAAAUAACGAAAAGAGUUUAAAGAGCGCAACAAAAUUUUCGCAAAUGCAAGAAGAAAAGGACAGCGUUAAGAAGAGCAAAUGCAACAAGAUGAACGUAAGAAGAAUGAGUGACAUCACGAUAUAGGAAUGAUAGCAAGAAAUGCCGAUUCAAGAAUGGAAUAAAAAUCGAUUGUAGGUCGAAAAAGAAAGUGCAAAGAUAUACAACAUAUACUUUACAAAUUAAGUUAUGGAAUUUAUCAUAAUAAUUUAUGAUAAUUUAAUGAUUUUUACAUAAGAUGCCACAUACUUUUACUUUUCUGAUAAUGUACUUGAGGAGAUGCGCGAAUGUAUUUGUUAGCUGCAAUUAACUGUGCGGCUAUGUUUUUUUUUAAAUACAUCGGUAUACAAGGUG